AUAUAUAAAUAAAUAAAUAAGACUUUUAAAUUUAAAUAACAAAUGUUAACAAUUAUAUCUUACAAAACCGACUUUAUAAUUAAUGAACAACGUGACAUGUCUUUUUACGUWUAACAAUUCUUUGUAAUAAUAAUAACAUAACCUUAAUUUAUUAUAUUCUUGAUUAUGAAAAUAUUUCUUAUCUGCCAUUAUAAUUCUUAACAUUUGUAAAUAUUUCAAACGUUAAAUUGACGUCUGUUAACAACAAAAACAUGUUCAGGAAUGUAUCGUGACAAAAAUUCCAAGGGGUGCAUUUUCAUGAUUCAGGAGUGUAACUAUAAAAAGAUCCAAAUGGGGUACCAAAAUAAAAUUGUUUAAUCUUUUUUUUUACUAGAUGGCGCUUCGAACGAUCAGGAUCGUCGUAUAUGGGUGGUUUUAAAUUUGAUAAAUUCUUGACAUAUUUAUUAUUUAUUUCUGUCUACGCUGUAUAGAUUUUUUUUUUUUUACUGAAAACGUCAAUGAACAAUCAUUUCUAGGUUAGGAUGACAUUUUGUUAUAAUCAAAUGUAAUAUAAUUCUUGGAAUAAAUGAAAUAUUGAAAAAGUAGUGAAAUAAAAAUGCAACGUUACGACGCCCUUAUACAGGAAAUAGAAGCUAUUGAUGAUUAUUUAGGACCUACUUUUCGGGCUAUUUACGAUGGCAAUGAACAUGAAAAAUUUCAGGAGAAACUCGAUGAACGGAUCAAAGCUCAUGACAAGGAUAUUGAAAGAUUGUGUAAUCAUCAUUAUCAAGGAUUCAUCGACUCAAUUCGUGAACUUUUACAAGUUCGUUCGCAAGCGCAACAACUUAACGUUAGUUAUGUUUUCUUUCAAUUUUUCCAUCAAAUAUAUCUCUUAUGCAUUAGUUGCAUAACUUGGCUAAGGUUGUCGUUAACUAUACAGGCAGAAAUAUUAGAACUAGACAAAUGUAUAACUGCUACUUCGAGUAAGGUCAUUGAAAAAGCGGAAGAACUUGUACGGGCACGUAAAGUUGAAAAUAACAUGGCAGCCGCUGUAAAUAGUCUCACCAUGUGCCUUCCUGUUUUGGCAGCAUACGCUAAACUACAAAAACAAUUGAAAGACAAACGUUAUUAUCCAGCUUUAAAAACACUCGAACAACUUGAACACCAUGACCUUCCAAAAGUUACUAAUUACAGAUUCUCUUCCCAAAUAACUCAACAAAUUCCAGAAUUGCGUGAAAACAUAAAAGAUGCUUCCAUGUGGGAUCUACGAGAUUUUCUUGAAAAUAUAAGAAAACAUUCGCCAAAAAUUGGAGAGGUUGCUAUGCGACAUACCGCUGAACAAUUGGUUAUCGAAGCUGAGAUUGUUGGACGUAAAAAGAAAAAAUUACAUACAAAUUCUGAAUCAAGUGACGGGGAGGAAGAAUUAAGUGCUCAAGAUUUGAUGGAUUUUAGUCCGGUGUAUCGUUGCAUGCACAUUUACACUGUCCUUAGUGAAGGUGAAAAAUUCAAGAGUUAUUAUAGAAACCAAAGAAAGGAACAAGCUAGACUUGUUUUGCAACCUCCUAUUAAUAUGCAUGAAAGUUUGAUUGGAUAUCAGGCUUAUUUACAUAGUCUCGUUGGCUUUUUUGUGGUGGAAGAUCAUAUCUUAAAUACAAGUAAUGGAUUAGUUACUCAUUCUUAUUUAGAAGAAUUAUGGACUAUGGCUUUAUCUAAAAUAGUCAAUUCACUUAGAACGCAUUCGGCAUAUUGUACAGAUGCAACGUUAAUAUUAAAAAUAAAAAACUUGAUAAUGCUUUUUAACACGACAUUGAGUAAUUAUGGAUAUCCUGUUGGACAACUUUGGGAUUUACUACAAGAAAUUCGUGUACAUUAUAAUGAAGUUCUUAUGCAACAUUGGGUUCAAGUAUUUCGAGAUAUUUUAGACGAGGAUAGUUUUUUACCAUUACAGGUCACGUCACAAGCAGAAUUUGAAAGCAUUCUUAGUUCUUUUCCAUAUCAUGACGAGGAAUUACAAAAAGCGACAAAUUUUCCGAAAAAAUUUCCAUUUUCAGCCAUGGUACCAAAAGUUUAUCAACAAGUUAAAGAAUUCAUUUAUGCUUGUUUAAAAUAUUCCGAGGAUCUUAAUUUUACUCAAGCAGAAAUAGACGAAAUGAUUUGCAAAUCGACUAAUUUACUUUUAACGAGAACAUUUAGCGGAUGUUUGUCGUCAUUAUUUCGAAAACCAUCAUUAGCUCUUUUACAAGUUGUUCAAAUUAUAAUAAACAUGGGCUAUUUAGAAAAAUCUACAAAAUAUUUGGAAGAAUUUGUUACCAAUAUUACUGGAACACAACACGAAGGACAAUUAAGUUGUGUCGGUGACAAAUCUGCCAUGUUUAGAGUAGCCAGAGAAGAUGCAGAAACACAAAUAUGUGAAAAACUUGAAAAGAAGCUCGACGAAUUUUUAGAAUUAGAAAAUUAUGAUUGGAAUUUGUCAGAACCUCAAGGCCAUGCUUCUGGAUUCAUUACAGAUCUCAUAGCAUUUUUACAAAGUACAUUUACAUGUUUUACUAAUUUACCAGAUGAAGUUGCACAAGUUGCAUGUAAAUCGGCUUGCGAUCAUAUAGCAAAAGCUAUAUUAGAUAUAUUAAUCAGCGAAGAUGUAAAACAAAUAUCAAUGGGUGCACUUCAACAAGUCAAUUUGGAUACAAUACAAUGUGAACAGUUUGCUGCUUCAGAACCUAUUGUCGGUUUACCAGAAGGUACAUUAUUGCAAUACUUCAGUCAAUUAAGACAAUUGCUAGACUUGUUCAUGGGUUGGGAUUGGCCAACCUACUUUCAUGACUACGGUCAUGAUUCAAGCAAAUAUAACUUAGUAACACCAAAUAUGGCUGUGAUUUUAUUAGAGAAACUUAAAGAAUCCGAUAAGAAAACGGUAUUUUCCGUAUUGAAAAAAAGCGAAAGGGAUAAGAAAAAAUUGUUGGAAACUGUGUUAAAGCAAUUGCGUCAAUUGGCACAGACUACUCAACAAUAAUGACCGACUAAAAUUGAUAUAUAAUAUAUCAAGUUAAUACUUUUGUAUAUAAUAUUAUAUAUAUAUAUAUAUAUAUAUAAAGACGUAUGAAAACUUUUUGCACAGUUCUGUAAAAAAAAAAAAAAAGACCGUGCAUUACCUU